GGGAAGGAAUGCAAAUUUAGACCUCUCCGGCCAAGCUUGUCAAAUCGUAAAUGAUAUCCGCCCCUUCUAGUGCAGAGGACAGCUGCCUAAAAAACCACACUUACCCUUAUAGUACUCCGAGCCUCGCUCAGACGGGUCACGAUGGUGACCAGGAAAUGCAAGAGAAGCAUGGUGAAUUCACGCUAGAACUGCCCGCGGGUAGCACCGGAGACUCUUCGGCGAGCUGCCGCUCGGGCCGGGAUGUAACCGCAACGGCUCCGGACACCGACCCGGACUCGGAUCCGGACACCUUCCCCGAAGGCGGGACUGAAGGAUGGCUCGUUGUAUUUGGCUCCUUCUGCGCCAUGAUGUCCGUCUUCGGCCUCAUCAACUCGGCCGCCGUCUUCGAAUCGUGGUUCUCGACCCACCAGCUCGCCGAGUACAGCCCGUCCGAGAUCGGCUGGAUCUUCAGCCUGUACCUGUUCUUCGUCUUCUUCGUUGGCCUCCAAGUCGGGCCUGUUUUUGACGCCUAUGGACCACGGUACCUCGUCCUUGUCGGCUGUGUCCUUAUAGUCGCGAGUCUUAUGCUCCUUGGUUUAUGUGAGAAAUACUACCAGAUCCUUCUCUGCUAUUCCGUCCUCGGCGGACUCGGGGGAUCGCUCGUGAACUCGCCGGCUUACGGCUGCAUCGCGCACUACUUCAGCGUGCGGCGCGGCUUCGCGACGGGCAUCGCGACGACGUCGGGCGGCAUCGGCGGCAUCGCCUUUCCCCUUCUUCUCCAGCACCUGUUCCCGAAGCUCGGGUUCGCCUGGACCACACGCAUCCUCGGCUUCAUCCUGCUGGGCCUCUCGGUGCCGGCCAACCUCUUCCUCCGCUCCCGCCUCCCCGCCCGCGGCCGGGUGCAGUCCGUCUGGCCCGACUUCACCAUCUUCCGCGACAAGUCCUACGCCGUCGCCACCGUCGGCGUCUUCUUCAUGGAGUGGGGCAUCUUCGUGCCCAUCACCUUCAUCGUCUCGUACGCCGCCGCGCACCAGCAGGACGCCACGAAGUCGUACACGCUCCUCUCGCUGCUCAACGCCGGCUCCGUGGUGGGCCGCUUGGUCCCGGGCCUGCUGGCCGACAAGCUCGGCCGCUUCAACGUCAUCAUCCUCACCAUCGGCCUGUCGGCCGCCACGGUGCUGGGCCUCUGGCUGCCCGCCGGCGACUCGCCGCGCAUACUGCUCGCCUUCGCCGUCCUCUUCGGGUUCACGAGCGGGAGCAACCUCAGCCUCAUCGCGGUGUGCCUCGGCCAGCUCUGCGAGCCCAGCGAGUACGGCCGCUUCUUCUCCACGGCCAUGAUGGUCGCGAGCUUCGGGACGCUGAGCAGCCUUCCUAUCGCAGGUGCGCUGGUCAGCGUCGGGGGGGAUGGCGAGUCCGGUUGGAUCGCUGCCAUCAUCUUCUCGGGAGCCUCGUACUGCGUGGCCUGUGUCUGUUAUAUCGUCGCCAGAGGCCUCGCUGUUGGAUGGGGUCUCAAGACGGUCUUUUGAAGAUUACGACCGUCUAGAGGGCUCUGGGAGACGUUUCUCGAGGGCUAUGAAUUAUGACUUGGGGGAAAUGCGCAUAGCAACACAUUCCACCUGCUAUCGAUUCGCUGUUUCGCCCCAUACAUACAUCGACGAUCAUAUAUCACCAAGCACUGUCAAUAUACGCCUAGAUGCUCAUAUAGAGCUUACAUUUACCACUUACAACAUAAAUACAGUUCUCUUCUACAAAAUUCGAUGUGACGCAGUAGUUGGU